AUGCUAAGUAUUCUCGGGCUGUCAUUCGCAAUUAUGGCCGCUCCCUUUGGUCUCAGCACCACCCUCACCAUCACCUUAACAGACGGCCAAGCCGUCUCCGUGAUCUGGGGUUGGGUACUAGUCACUCUCAUCUCCACCGGAAUCGCAGCAUCCCUCGCUGAAAUCUGCGCCGUGUACCCAACCGCCGGCGGCGUAUAUUACUGGAGCGCGAUGCUCUCAACCAGCGAAUGGGCGCCCAUAAUGUCCUUUAUUGACGGGUGGUUAACACUAGUUGGCAACUGGACGGUCACACUGAGUAUUAACUUCAGUGGAGCGCAAUUGAUUCUCUCGGCAAUUAGCCUGUGGAGGGAGGACUUUGUAGCUAGUGCAUGGUUGACGGUCGUCGUGUUCUGGGGGGUUAUGGCGUUUUCUGUGCUGGUGAAUGUGUUUGGGAAGAAGUAUUUGGAUCUGUUCAAUAAGGUGUGUAUCUUUUGGACAGCGGCGAGUGUCAUUGUUAUUAUGGUGACGGUGUUGGUGAUGGCGGGUGACGAGGGGAGGAGGGAUGCGAAGUGGGUUUUUGGGCAUUAUGAUGCUUCAAAGAGUGGGUGGCCUUCCGGAUGGGCAUUCUUCGUCGGCCUCCUACAAGCCGCAUACACCCUUACAGGCUAUGGAAUGGUAGCAUCCAUGUGCGAAGAAGUACAGAACCCUCAUCGCGAAGUCCCCAAAGCCAUCGUCCUCUCCGUUGUUGCAGCCGGCAUCACCGGCGUCGCCUACCUAGUGCCCCUUCUCUUCGUCCUCCCUUCAAUCCAGCGCCUCCUCGAGGAACCCAGCGGCCAGCCCGUCGGUCUCAUAUUCAAGCUUGUUACGGGGUCCCCAGGCGGAGGAUUUGGUCUUCUGUUCCUGUUGCUGGGGGUUCUGCUGUUCGCCGGAACAGGUGCCCUGACAGCUGCAAGUCGCUGCACCUACGCCUUCGCGCGCGACGGUGCAAUCCCAGGCUUCCGUCUCUGGCGCCGCGUCAACCCCAAGCUCGACGUCCCCAUUUAUGCCAUCCUCCUCUCUGCAGCUGUCGACUGUCUCCUCGGCCUAAUCUACUUCGGCUCCGACGCAGCCUUCAACUCGUUCACGGGCGUCGCGACGAUCUGCCUUUCAACCUCCUAUGGCCUUCCGAUCCUUAUCUCCAUGAUCCGUGGCCGGCAAGCAGUGAAGCACUCGGGCUUCUCGCUGGGGCGGUUCGGAUAUGCAAUCAAUGCGAUCACGGUGUGUUGGAUUGUGCUUGCGGUUGUGCUGUUUUGUAUGCCUGUUUCACUGCCCGUGAAUGCUGGGAGCAUGAACUAUGCGAGUGUUGUUUUUGCGGGUUUCGCGGCGAUUAGUGUGGUGUGGUACUUCGCAUACGCGAGGAAACAUUUUACGGGGCCGCCGGUGGGUGAGGAGGAGUCGGGGGUUAUGACGGGUAAGGCGGUGGAUAAUAUAGAAGCUGAGCCAGAGAAGCAGAAGGGUUGA